CUGGAAAAGGAAAUGGCAAAUCACUCCAGGAUCUUCACCAAGAGAACCCCAAAUGGGAUCACAAAGAGUCGGACACAACUGAAAAAUGACUGAACGAUAUUCAGGUUCCAAGGUGUAAGGGAAGCUGAAAAUAACUUCUAUGUCUUCUCCUGUCUCUGAGGACACCUCCCUGGGACCAGGGACUGAGACACAGCCAGCCACGAAGAAGAAGAAGAAGAACAAGGAGAAAUACCUGGAAGCCAGUAUCCAGACCCUCACCCAGGCUGGGCAUGGGGCCCUGAGGGAGGGCCGGAAUGAUGAGGCCUUGGCUAGCUUCCAUCAAGCCUUUCUUCUGGCCUUGAAGGCCCAGGGAGGCAGAGACACCAGGGUCCUCCGGGUCUGUGCUUUCAACCUUGGAGCAGCCUAUGUAGAGACUGGGGACCCUGCACGUGGCCUCAGGCUAUUGCUCUGGGCCAAGCCGGAGGAAAAGGUCAAGGGCACUUGCCAUGGUGACCAGUGCUUCAAUGUGGCUUUGGCCUACCAUGCCUUGGGUGAUUUGCCUCAAGCCUUGGUAUGGUACCACAAGGCCUUGGGCCACUAUCAGCCCCAGGGAGACCAAGGGGGAACCUGGAAGAAGAUGGCAGCCUGCUACCAGGCCCUGGGGCACCCAGGGCAGGCAGCACACUGCCUUCGGGAAGCAGGCCAGGCUUAUGCCCGGGCAGGAAAGUCCUGGGCUGCAGCCCUGGCACUAGGAGCCGCUGGUGGAUGCAUGCUAGAGAGCAGCCAUCACAAGGUGGGAGAAGUGGUACAGGUGCUAGAGGAUAGCCGAAGGCUGGCAGAGAAGAGUACCAAUUGGUGGCUUCUGGGGAAGUUCUACAAUGACCUUGGCCUGAGCUAUUCCCAACUUCAUCUGUUCCCGUUGGCGGCUGAGAGCUUCCUCCAGGCUCUACCUCUGUGUCCGGAGCCAGGAGCCAAGGCUAUUGUGCUUCGGAAUCUUGGUGCUGCCCACAAUGCCCUUGGCAACUUCCAGGAGGCACAGGCGCUCCACCAGAAAGCCGCUGCCCUGUAUGGAUCCACCGGGCAGCGGCAGGAGCAGGGCGAGUGCUUUGGAGGCCUGGCAUUUGCUCUGAGUCAGUUGGGGGAACAUGGGGCUGCCAGGGACAACUACCUUCAUGCCCUCCAGGCUGCACAGGAUGCCGGGGAUGUGAAGGGACAAUGGCAAGCUCUGGAGGGGCUGGGGGCUGCAGCAACCUGUCUGGGGCAGCCUGACCAGGCUGUGAGGCGCUAUAAGGAAGCACUGGCUUUACUGGCCCAGUGCCAGGAAGAGCCUCCCUCAGUUGGAGAGAGGCUGGUGGCCAAGCUGGCAGAUUCUAUGAGAAAUCACUUGACCUUGGGAGGACUGGAUCCUGAUCCCUCCCUGCCACUGACCCGGGUGAGGCCACCGGCUAUGACUGUGGCCUCUUACUCUAAGCCCUCCGGCCAGAUCCUGGUGGGUCAGGCAGAGAGCCCAAUACAAUGCAGAUCAGCUGCUGAGUGGGAGGAAGAGGAGGAGGUGACAGUCAAUCUUCCCAUGACAUCAUCCAAAUGGAGACUGGAUCGUCUGAGGCCUCUCUCUUUACAUCGAUCAGGUGUCCACAGAGAUGGGAAGCCCAAUAUCCUGGCCUGUGAUGGUCCCCAAGCCAACAGCAACUGUAAUAACCCACGGCUAGCCAUGGUGCGCCAGGAGUCUGUUUGCCCCCUCCAUCACCUGCCCACAGGGGAGAGAAGAGGGAAAGACCCUGUAGAAUCUGGGGACCAGAACCUCAAAACCAGCUAUCAGAGGUGGCAUCAUGCACUGGGGAGAUCGCCUGAAGGACCGACGUCAACUCUCAGCAGGAAUGUCUACCCGAGGCGAACCAAGUCCAGCUUCUGCAUGGUCAUGUGACCCUCACUCCCUAAAUGCCCUCCUCUGGCGGGGUCCCUGGAGUCUUUUUCACUUGUCCAGG